AUGUUAGGUGGCACUCAACUUCGCACCAAUCAUAUAGCUGUAACUAUCCGUGCCACGGCCCUCCAUCAGAAUCGUUAUGACUUCCCCUACCACAUGGAGAUGGCUACUGGCCCUGGCCGCGGGGGUAGUUCAAGCAGCUAUGGCCCAGAUAUGUACCCCGGACGAUGGAUCUUGGGGCUAUGCCUAUAUGAUACGAGGCGCUUACUGAAACCCCCCUAUCACCCGGCCCCAAUAUCUGUGGAUCUUCCAGACCUUGAGUUCCUGGGUGAUGGCCCGUGGUUCGGUGGCCUUUCAACUUUGACGAACUUCUCCGCUCCAAAUUUGAAGCGAGUGGGUCAUGAGGUCGCAUCAGUAUCCACGGGAGGUUAUCAAAAGCUGAUCUUCGUGGGCAACGAUAGUAUGGUGUUGAACGGUGAUGUUACAAGCUCCAUUAAAGCCACAAUAUCAGAGGAGACCAAUAUCAAUGAGGCGGCGAUAAACUGCCAAUCUAGCAGUUCAAAUUCGAUAUAUGGCCUUAUUGUCGAUGCCAAAACUAUGAUGGCGAUGGCGGGUGCUGUUGUUGGGUUGCUAAAUUCUUUUGCCAUUUUCUUUCUUUUGUGUCGGAUGGAGUUGAAAAGGAAAAAAAAAACCGGUCCUAUGCCUUCAGCCCCCGUCUACGCUAAAUGGUGCCCUCCAGACAGACGAGCAGUGACCGUGAAUAGACCGCACCGUUUCACGGACUCAGCUAGGGACAGUUUGUUGAUCGAGCAUGCUUGGAGGAAUGGCGUCUAUGAACAGAGGGAGAUUCCUCCGCACUUUCUGUUGAUGUAUGGCAAGCGAUGUCUACUACGCUGUAAAUAUACGGAGUAUAAGCCCCGGAGAUCCUGGGGGGCACAUGAUAGGGCAGCCGUACAAGAAACGCCCGUAAGAUAUGACCCUACAACAGUCCAGCAUCAUUCACCCUCUCCAUCUCCAUCAGCACAACCACAAACCAAACAAUCCUCAUCCCAAUCGACAUCUGCCGACGAAUCCAUCCCUGCCGACAAACCUUCGGUCCCCUCUCUCUUUCCUGAUGGCCGGUAUGCACACCUUUGGAAGGACUAUCGGCCCGUUGCGCAAGCGGAGACUCCCAUGUCACCAGGAGAAAAGGUGAUUGAACAAUUCAAAAAGCGAAAGGAUGUUUUGAACAAGGCGGCGCUAGAGAAUUGCGCAGAGGAACAGCUGGACUUGUCGUUAUGCUUCAAGUCUGGAACGGUGAAGGAACGAGCAACGAUGUGCAGCACGAAAAACGCAAAAUUCUCAAGAUGUUAUACAAUGCAAACUAAAUUCCUCCAAGCCCUGGGAUAUGCUUCGUCUUUCGAAUUCGAUCCGGAUAAAGAAGAACGAAUCCAGAUGCAUGCAGAUAAGUUAUAUCACCAAAUGCUAGACUACGAGCAGCGAGUAGAGGAAGCCAAAGCCGCAGGCCACGAACCCCCACCUCCACAAGCUCUUUUCAAACAAAAUUUGCCAACUCCCUCUGCACCUUCACCUUCCCUUCCAACCACCGCAACCACCACGGCAACAGUAAAUCCUCAAUCUGCAAGCCCAGACCUCGAAAUUCCUGGGGGUGAAAACGUCCCUGCGGGCGUGAAAUUCAAAAAGCCGCUCAAGGACAUGACGCCGCAUGAACGGGAGUUAGAAUUGCAAGUUUUUCAUCAAAAGCGAGCGCAACAGAGCAUAUAUUUUGAGGAAGUCGGCCCGAUGUUACAAGCUGAGCAUCAAGCUCGCGACAAGCGACGGGAGAAGCUAAGUGGGUGGUUUGGUGAGACGAUUGGCAAGUUUCUUUCGUGA